CAUCACGUGACAUCCUGACAACAACAGUAGCAUGGCACUGGUAUGGUUGCAGCGAACUUGGAAUGCUAACCGUGUGGUAAUUACGGUAGCAACAAGUGCAGCCACCGCGGCCAUCGCCUACAGCAUAUACAGGUUUAUUUUCAUUGCAAAGGAAGAAGAAGCGGACGAGUACUUUGAAUCCAUCGUCCUGUCAAAAGAUCCUCCCAGUAAAAAGAUUUUAGUUAUUGGAUUGGAUGGCGCUGGAAAGACAAGCUUUGUGAGGUGUUUCGGAAAAGGCAACAAAGAUGGGAAAGCAUAUGAUGAGCCUCGGCCAACUGUCGGAUUUAAUGUUAAGAGUGUUAACAUGGGAUCCAAUCUGUUCGAUGUUUGGGAUGUUGGAGGAUCUGAAGUCUGCCGUGAAUACUGGAAACAGUUUCUCCAGAGUAUACAUAACAUUGUUUGGGUAGUCGAUUCUUCCAAUCGGGACAGAAUAAAUGAAUCUAGAGAAGCUCUUAUCAAGUUUCUAAAAAAUGAUCAGGAGACACGCCCACUUCUCAUAGUGGCAACAAAACAGGACUGUAAGGGUGCUAUGAAAUUAUCAGAAAUUAGAAAACAUCUCCACGUGGAUACAUCUGCUGUGAUUGACAAGUCAACUAGAAACAUCGAAAUGGUUGCAACACAGACACCACAAAAGGGGCAAAGGAAAGGCAUAUGGGCAGCUUACAAGAAGCUCCUGGAAUCGUCUUGAAGUAUUCUAUGAUAGGAAUAGGUUUGAUUGUAAAGCAACAUUAGUGGUAUGGUACAAAAUCUAUCAGCAAUAUCAUAUAAUGUAGUAAGAAAAAAGGGGAAUUUGCAAAAACUGAGAAUGUUUUUUGAAUUUAGAUUAUGGGUUUUUUACCAGUUAUUGUUAUGUUGACUGCUACAAGCUGAGCUGAUGAAAAUGUUUAGGGAAGUUACAAAAUUUGAAUUUUAGUCUUGCAAACAGUUUAAAAUACAUUGCAUAAAAUAUAUAAGAAAUAAAAUACAUUGCAUAAAAUAUAUAAGAAAUAUAUGUGUAUUUUGAAAUACAUACUAUUGAAAUGAAGCAAUGAAAUAAUACCAAUUAUUUGUCAGUACUUUGCAAUGGUUGUGAAAUAAAAAGUGUAUACAAUACAGAAGAAUCAUGUAACAAUAAAAGAGAGAGAAGUAACAGGUGGAUCCCUUUUAUUUCUUUCACUAUAGUGUAGAUUAAAAGAUUUGCAGGAAUGAUGUUUCCUUUUUUUUUCUUGAUAAUUUUUAUACAUUAACUGGCCAAAGCUCAAUUCACGCUAGGUAGUUAAAUCUAUGUUCAGGCACUAUAUAGAUAACGGCAUGUAACUAAACUGGAUAGCUUUACCACCAGCAGGUGUCAGUGUAAAUGGACACACAAUUAAACUACAAAGUGUUGCUGUGCCGUAUUUAGAAGGAUGAUCAGGUGUAUUGCUCACUCCAUUUUCCUAAAAAGAAAAAAUAUUCUAUAAUUUAUUCUAAUACAUGGGUACAUAUUUUCUAUCAAAAUUUCUUUUUUAUUAGUAUUUUACGUACUUACCUUGUAUCAUUUCUCCGUAGAUGGAAGGAUUGUUUCUGUUUUAGAAACAGAUCACUUCUACAACUGUUUUAUAUUGUUUAGAUGAAGUAUUUAAUAUGAUAUAGGAAUUUUGUGCAGACAUUGUAUACAUAUAUGGUGUAUUUCUUACAGCAGAGAGUUAAACAUUUGGUCAACCUCAUUUUAUAAUUAGAUUACUAUACAUGUGAAGUUUGUCGAGUCCUAAGUCCUAACUAUGUAUUUUCCUAUUUCCUGUACAUCUAACGCAGUGCCACUGGUAGUCUCUACCUCAGUGAGGUCCUUACUGGGAUGUUUAGUCCCGUAGGUCCUUCUGGAUUCCUGUUGAAAUUCUACAUGUCCUAUUUAUGAGACAGUAUUGUUAUCUUUCCAAAAGGACAUAUGUGUAUUAAUUUAAACCAUUAAUUUUUAACUUUCUAAAAAUGUAUUACUGUAUAUUCCCUUUGAAACAUCAAAAGGUUCAAAGAAUGUGCAUAUAUUUAUAUGUUUAGUUUAAAUAAUAAUGUCCAUGUUGAAUCAUUACAUGUACUAGCAUACUGUAAAGUGGGUUAAUUAUGUUGGCUUCAAUUUUUGCAUUUUGACCCAAACUUAAAAGAACUAAAUUUACAAGGAUUAUCAUUUUGCCAUCUAGACAAAUGGAGGAACUAAAUUUUCAUGGUGCCUUAGCACAGUGAUGGGGAAACCUGGCAUAUAUAGUGUCAAAUAGACACAGUGACGGGGAAACCUGGCAUAUAUAGUGUCAAAUAGUCAAAUGAAUAGGCUUUAUGACAGCAUUUUAAGCAACAACAGCUAAAUGUAUUUUGUUAAAUCAUCAACAAAACUAUUAGAUGUAUGAUAUAAUCUAUAUAGUUAAACAUCAUUACUCUUAAUGUGUAUCAAUCGUCACAACCACGAGUGCAAAGCUACCAUCCCUGCGGCCUCACAAUACAUGUAAAAGGAAACUAUAUACAGUAACCUCAGUUAGUGCAGUCAAAAUUUAGUGCAGUAUUUAACUCAUUCACCCCUGAAAUUUCAUAAUGAACUAUUUCAACCUUUGAAUUGAAAGGGUUCAAAUGUGUCUUCAGGGGUGAAUGAGUUAAAACAUGAAAAGCUCUAUAAUUAGAAUACAGCGGUACCAGUGAAAUAUGUUAACAGUAUAUCUAUGUAUAGGACUACCAUAGAGAACUAGCAUUGGUUUCUCAUGCCUUCAGUAAUUUAAGUGAAUGUGAAAGCUGUUAUUAUAUUGUAUAAAGCAGUUUUUGUCAUAAUUCAAAUCAUGUGAUGAAAUGAAUAGCACAAUCUCAAAUAAUGUGAUAGGAUUACAAGUUAUACAUGCAGUAUUUAUUUAAUGUUUUAUAACUGAGAUUUGAUACUCAUGUUUUCAGAGAUGAGAAUAUUACUUUGUAACGUUGAUUUAUACCUCGUUUUGAUAGUAUUGUGAUAUGAUUCUCCUUAGGAGUUUUCACUUUUUCUUGCAAAGGGGCAUGGUGAAAAUAGAGAAAAAAGUUUCAAUGAAAAUUAAUUCUAAUGCAUGUUAGUAAUUUCAAGGUAUUUUCAACAUACCUAGGUUAUUUCUGAAUGUGGUUAGCGAGGUGUGAAGUCAUUGUUUAUGUUUCCAUUCAUUCUUGAACAAAUAUUUUACGUGAGCUGUACAGUAUGUAAAUGUUAAAUAUAUCGAUAUGUUGUUUUUAUUGUACCAGUAUGAUAUUUUAUUAUCAUUAUACCUGAAAUUUUGAAGAUUUAAAGAUACCUCAGAGCUUGGAAUUUUUAAGAGUUACUGGAAUCUAAGAACUUGGAAUUUUGAAGAGUUAAUAAUAUCUCAGCGCUUGGAAUGUUGAAAAGUUAAUGAUAUCUCAAGCUUGGAAUAUUAAAGAGUUAAUGAUAUCUUGGAGCUUCGAAUUAUGAAGAUUUAAAGAUAUCUCCGAGUUUGGAAUUUUGAGGAAUAAAUGAUAUCUACGGACGUGGAAUGUCGAAGAGUUAAUGAUAUCUCGGAGAUUGGAAUUGAAAGAGUUUAUUUAUAUGUCAGGUGAAGAAAAAUAUGUACAUGAUUAUUCUUUAUGUUAUACAAAUGUAUGUUGUAGUAAGAUAUAUGUUUUGAAUAUAUCUCCAGCUAAUAUAUAUAUUAUACAUGUUGUCUGAGACAACUGAAUCUGGUAUUCUAGGCUCGGUGGAUAAAGUGAUAUUUACACCAUUGCAAAUUCAUUAUAAAAUGACUUUUCUGGAGUCUCGGCCAAGUCCAUCUGUACUUACAACUGUCAGAAUUUAUAUUGUCAGGGUUGUGACUGGUCACCUACUUACUACAACAAUAAAUUGUUAUAUAUAUAUAUUUAAAUCCUGUUGGUGUAACAACGUGUCAUAUACUUAGCAGAUAUUGUAAUAAUCAGUGUGAGAAUACCUUUAAGGGACUGCACUUUAAUAGGAAGAAAAAGAAGAACCACUGAAAAAAUCGUGAUCAUUUCUAAAAAUUAUGGAUGGAUUCAUGUUUUUUCCUGUGUAAGAACGUGUCAUACGUUUAGCAAAUAUUUUGAUAAUAACUGAACACAAUAAUUUCUCAAAAUCAUGGAUAUAUUUAAUGAUUGUUUCCUGUCCUCAUGAUAUAAUUGUAAUAUUGUUAUAUGUUUAUAGUGGUUUACUAGAACAGGUGGGACCAGAUAGAAUUAUCCCGCUUCUCUAUAAUAAAUUAAUUUCUAUAAAAAAAAUAUUAUGACAAAAUCUCUUCUACAUUCUUUAUAGAAUCCUUUAAAAUGUAUGUAUAUAAAGUACAUUUAGUAGAUAAAAGAUAUAAUUCAAUUACAUUUCUAAUUAAGAUUCAAUUUUAUAAAGUAGUACUUGCAUGAAGAAUCAGAAUGGUGCAUGUAUCUAUAAAAGCAGCAAUACUUGUAUAGCUAUGUUUUACUCUGUUGUUAUUUAUUGUCCCGUAAUGUUGUUGAACUGUGCAUCACAUAUUCUGAUAUUCAGAGAAAGAACAUUAUCAUACUGCAAAUAAUUUAAGUAAAAUGAUUUAUUUAUUAUAUUUUAUCUAUUACAACAUGGAAGGGAACUGUUGACUUUAAUUCUCCAUUCUUGUUAAUUCGUUGUGAUGUCAAAAUUGAUUGUCUCCCCUCACAUGGUUAAGUUGCUGUCAAAUUUUCCAACACUGAGCUGUUUUUCUUACAAGUAUAUUAACAUAUGUAUCUUUAAUAAACUUGUUUGCUCAUUAAUGUUCGUAAUCCAGAAGUGUAUAAACGUGAUUAUUGUACAUGUAUCUGCCGUUUAUGUAAAUUUUGUGGUACUGAUCUGAACAUGUGUACAAGUUGACACUUGAAAUAAAAUUUGUAAU